UCUAGGUAGUACUAAAAUGAGUCUGAAAUGAACAUUAUUUUUAAGAUUUUUAAUCUUUCUUUGGUGGUCGAAUUGUCAUUUCUGUCAAACAUAAAUCUUAAAUUUUGCAAUUUUUAGAAACUUAAAAUUCUUUGCAUUACCUAUGUGAUUCUUCAUUUAAAAUCAGCUUGUUACGGAAGUGUGAAGAAAAUGCUUUAGAUUAUUUUCCGUUUCAAUGGAUUUACUUGUACGCGAGAGAAAUUUAUGCUUAUAGAAUAAAGAUUACUUGAACAACACAGCCAUCAUCAACCAUGCAUAAUCUUCAGGUUGGAUUGAAGCGGCCGUACCCGGCUAGUAUGGAGGAGUGCAAGAAAAGAGCACAAGGCACUAAAGUAUCCAAAAUAGCUAAUAUAUUUCAAGGAAUGCCGUCGAGAGACGAUGAAGAUAUGCGUGGAAGUGAUGUGACAGUCGUGCGAACCGAAAGCCAUCUGGCUAGGUUUAACAAUGCUAGAGCUCUAUUUGAGAAAUUAGGUGAAGAGAAUCGUAAUUUUCGUAUUGAAAAGUCGCCUUCUGCGGCUGCAAGUUUCGCCGGGACGCGCGGGGUGCUCCCGGUGAUCCCCGCGCGCUCCCGGUCCAGCUCGGCGGGUUCCGUGAGCCCGACGCGAAACAAUGCUACGGCAACGUGUACUUUGGCACCGGCUGUCAACGGUGACCGAUUAUCCAAUGGUGCUACGCAGCAACCACCACCGAAACCAGCUAAACCUAGUGUUCUUCCUAAGCCAGAAAAACCGGAUAGACGUUUUAAUAAAGAACUUAUAGAAAAACAGAGAAAUUGGACCGCUCACUUUAAUAAAUCCCGGCCGUCUAAAUACGAUCCCGAACAGAGAUCCGAUUAUAAGUCACCACCUGGGUAUCAAGAUAGAAAGUCUCCGGAAGCGACUGAUAGACAUGUGGUCCCUUCACGAGUUUACUCACCACCGUUAUCGCCGGGCGCUGGUGAUUCACAUCUGGAACGCCCGAAUACCCUUCCCGCUUCUUUAGUUAAUCGAGGUAUACAUGUUGCGAAAUCUCCUAGUCCUGUAAAAAACGUCGCGCCCGUGUUACCCUCACCUAGAACUAAUAAUACUCCACCCACCACCGCUAGAUCCGAAAUCCUUACUUCCCCAGCAGUAAAAAGAGAUAAUUUAAGUUCACCUAUUAGACAAAGUCCUCAAAAAGUAGAACCAAUAGAAAGGAUACAUAAAAGAGCAUCGGUUUCACCUGAAGUAGAAAAAGUAAAUAUCGAAAAAUUAGAAGAAUUUAUUCAACAACCUGGUUUUUUGCCACCUUCAAAAGAAAGAGAAUGUACAUCGCCCAUUCAAUCUUAUACGUUACAAGAGAGUCCUGAAAUCGGUAAAAGUUCAAUAUAUUAUAAUAUACCGCCAUCACCUCCCGCUCGGCUACCGAAAUCACCGCCCCCAUUACUCGACGAAGAAGACUUCACAUUAGACACUAACAUUGCCACAACCCCAAGUAAAAUCGAGUUUAUACAGUGUACACCAAAAGAAGUUGAUAGGAGUGAUAACACUGAUCAUGGAGUAUUCGUGAAAUCGCCUUCAUCUUCAUCGAUCUCGUCUCUUCAACGCGAUGUGAUUAAAGAAAAUAACAUUCUUGAGUUAGAAUCCUGUGCUAUGCCAACACCUGAUAUCUGUAAUAUUGUGGUGAGGUCACCAACAAACAGCCAAGAGGAAGAUGGCUAUGAGACGAUACUUUAUAGUGGUGAUUGGGACGACAAGAGUAAACGAAGAUCAUCGACGCCCGAAGUGUCUCCUAGCGUAGUUCAGACUGAAGAUACUCCUCAGUCGCCCCUCGUUUCACCGCUGGUGUCACCGGUCAACAGUCUACCCUACUCAUCAUCUCCGGCGCCUGCUUCUCCUUCGCAAGCAGCGGGCGGAGGUCGCAAAUCAUCAGAGAGCGAGGAGGUGACGGGGCGAGCGCGGUCGCGGGCAUCCAGCGUGUCGGACGAGGGAGGCUUCAACGAGCCCUCGCCCGAAGUGGUGGCGCGCCUGCGGCCGGCCGACUACCGCGAGCCGCCCGCCCUCACGCGCGACAUACGCGACGCCGAGCGCGCCCGCUCCGAUCCCGACACGCUUUCUGUACUCCAACAGGACUCAGGCGUAGUAGUAAGUGAGGCGAGUCAAGGCUCCAUAGAGGUGCUCGACAAAUCGACCACUAGCCAAUGGAGCGUGUCGGAGGAGGCGCCGGGCGAGGCGGGCGAGGCGCGCGGCGACGCGGCCGCGCCCGACGACGACGCGGACGCCAAGCAGCCCGAUAGCAUGACGCCCGACGAGGCCGAGAUACUGUUGAGCUCCAGUAUUCUGGAGAAAAAACUUAGGCAAGAAGCUCUGCUGUCGGAUGAGCAGGCGCAGGAGAUAGUGGCUAUGUUGUCGCCGCACACGCUGCCGCACGACAACGGCGUCUCGCUCAACGACAGCUACCAGUCCGUGCUCUCAUACGAGAGCAUGCAGUCAGUGGACGAGAGCUACGAGUUCGUUUCGUUGGAGGCAGACGCAGGUAUGGCGGGCGGCGACGCGCGUACGCUCUCCACGUUGGAGUCCGAGUCCGCGCCCGAGCCCGAGCCCGAGCCCGAGCCCGAGCCGCCGACCGAGGCGCCGCCUGAGCCCGCCACGGUGUUCGACCAUUACCCACCCAUGUCGCUGCGGGAGCUCGCUGAGGAGAAUGGCAUCCACUACUUCGAGGAUGGCCACUUUUAUACAGAGGUCGCCGGUCUUCCGCCGGUCGAAGAAGACGAGGAUGACGAUUAUUACCCACCAGUAUUUGUUAAGAGAAAUACCAAAGUUAAAUUCAGUACGGAUCCAAUGCGCGUGUUCUCAACGCAUUCGGUGCGCGAGUACGACCGGCGCAACGAGGACGUGGACCCGGUCGCGGCCUCCGCCGAGUACGAGCUGGAGAAGCGCGUGGAGAAGAUGCACGUAUUCCCUGUCGAUCUCGUCAAGGGCGCCGACGGAUUGGGUCUCUCUAUUAUUGGAAUGGGCGUAGGAGCGGAUGCAGGGUUAGAAAAACUGGGAAUUUUUGUAAAAACCAUCACCGAAAGCGGAGCAGCCGCGCGCGAUGGUCGGAUACAGGUUAACGACCAGAUCAUCGAGGUCGACGGAAAAAGUUUGGUGGGUGUAACCCAAGCCUACGCAGCGUCAGUGUUGCGCAACACGUCUGGACCUGUGAAGUUCCUUAUCGGACGCGAAAAGGACCCUGAAAACAGCGAGGUCGCGCAUCUCAUACGACAAUCGCUUGCAGCCGACAAGGAGCGAGAAGAAAGGGCAAAUCGCGAGCGACAGCGGCGCCAGCAGCCGGAGGAGGAGACCAGCCCGCCCGCCGCCGACGCGCGACAUCCUGACAUCGCCGAACUGCGGGCUCUGCUCAACGAGCUGGUGGGCAUGGAGGCGGGCGGCGGCAGCGGCGCGGAGAUCAGCGCGCGCCUGCGCGAGUGGUGCGCGGCGCGUGCGCCCAGCGACCACCUGCGCCGCGCGCUCGCCGCCGCCGCCGACACGGCGCACCGCGCGCACCGCAAGUACGACAAGGCGCGGCGUGCGCUGCGCGAGUGGCGGCGUACGCGCGCCAUGGUGCGCGCGCGCGAGGAGUGGUGGAGCAGCGCGCUGCGCGAGGCGCACCGCGAGUACGCGGCCGCGCUGUCCGCACUGCACGACCGCGUGGCCCGGCUCGAGGUGCUGCUGUUGGAAACGCAAAAGAAAGCUGGCCUACCAGUAAUGUUACCUCACGAACCUUCUGCGCGGCGAGAAACUCCGCCCCUGCCGCGGCGACCCGACCCGGACCCGCUGCUUAUUAAUGAUCCUUGGAGUUCGGACAGCGACCUCUCCGACCUAUCGCCGAUAGAAGACGAGUACGCGAAGGUGGACAAGUCUGACAAGAAGCGCGAGGCGCCCGACCUCGGUGACGUCACGGCAACCACCGCCAGCGAUGUUUCGCCGCCCAACGUCACCACCAAGAUGCCCGAUCGUUGCACUGGGUAUAACAUCAGACAGGGGUGCAGGAAUAUACAGGGUGUCUUGUUGAGAUGGGUCACUAUGGACAGUUCAGUGACGUCGAACGCCAACGCCACCGCAACAUACGCCACGGUGAGCACGUCGACGUCGUACAGCGACGUGACCACGGCCACCACGUACGUCAACGUGACGACGGCGACCGACGCCGCGCACUCCGCCAGCCACGUCACCAUCACCACCAUAGCCCCGGCCGUCGUGACGGACACAGUAAGUGGAGCAAGCACGACAGGCGUGUCAGGCGCAAGUGUGACGCCUAUCACUGCGAGCAUGGCGAGCGGCGUGGCGAGCGGGGCGGCGAGCGGCGUGGCGAGCGGGGCGGCGCCCAGCGAGGUCGUAACGUCACGUGAGCUGGACGCGGCCGUGCCGCGCGGCGCGCUGCUCGACACGUCGGUGCACCGCGCACGCACCGACCUUGCGCGGCACCGCCACCACGCGCCGCUCUCGCACUCCACACAGUCGCCGCACUCGCUCAGUAACGCCAGCUCCUAUGACGGACUAGACGACUCUUACAACGACUCGGCAGAUGAAUCGCUCAGUGAAUCUACAUCAGGCGCACCGCCACAUUCCUCUCACCACACGCGGGACACGCGGCAGAGUUGCGGCAGCUCGGUCGGCAGCGCCACUGACGACGCGGUGUACUCGCGCGACCACCGGCUCCACCCGCUCUCAGGUCCGCCAGCGUCGCUGGCCGAGCAGCUGAAGCAGGUGCUGGCGGAGCGCGAGCGGCGCCUGGCGGCCGGCGCCUCGCCGCACCCCGACCCCGUGCAGCUCACCAACGACCUCGUCGACGAGAUCCGCCAGGCCGUCAGCGAGGCCAACGCUAGAGUGAAGAAAGCUCCGGCUUGUGUAGUCGGCGGCGAGGUGCCGUGGCAGCCGCUGUCGGCCGCCGCGUCCGAGGCGAGCCUGUCGCCGCCGCCCGUGCCGUUGCCGGCGCUGCCGCUGCCGCACCCGCCCAGCCUCUGGACCAAGCAGCAGGUAUGGCAGUGGGUGUCGGGGCUGGGCGAGGGGUUGGAGCGGCACGCGGGUGCGUUCGCAACGCGCGGCGUGGACGGCGCGCUGCUGCUCACGCUGAGCUCGGCCGACCUCAAGCUGCUGGGGCUGGCGGGCGACGACCGCCGCCGCAUGAAGCGCCGCCUCAAGGAGCUCCGAGCCGCGCACGAGAAGCACCUCAAAGCGAUGAAGAAAGCCGAAAAAAAGGCUAAGAAAAAGUAACACCUACCAAACUAAACUACAUAAUAACCCUUCUCUAGUAGGACUGUCUUAAAAGCCGCAUUGAUAUUACGAUUGUUCAUGAUGUUUUGUCGAGUUAACACUGCGUUCACACUCAAACGUGUGUGUGUGUUUUUUGCUAAACUAAAUAGUGGCAUUCAGACAUUUUGUCAUAUCGUGUGAACACUAUUAGUUUUCACGCGUUAUUGUAAAAUAAAAUCGGUAGUUCGAACAACCGAUAAACGUUAGGGAUGAUGAUGAUGAUGAUGACUUACGUGUAAACGCGGUGUAAUGGCUUUAUGUACUCGUAUGUCUGUAUAUAAUUUAUGACUUGAGGCUUGUAUUAGUCCUACACUAGACGACAAUGAUGAACGACGACGUUAACAUAAAUGUUAUAGCCUAUUGUAAUUUCAACUUAUCCAUAAUAAUAGUCCUCAUCGUACGUCAUCUUCGUCUAGUUGAGAAACGAUCUAUUAAUGCACUCCCGCCAAAGAGAGUCAGUUCACAUCAGUCGACAAAUAUGUUGUAAUAAUUUGUACAUCGUUUAGUCUUAAGUAUUCUGUUCUUUCCUACUAUGCAUUUCUUGCCUUAUUUAUCAGUGUUUGAGCGUUUAUAUGGCAGCUUUAUUCUUCAUUUUUUAAAUCUGAACGACAAUUAUGUGUGUGAUUGGUGUGAACUUUCUCAAAUUCGUUAAUAUGUAUUAUUAUUUUAAAACGAAAAUAUGAUAAGUGAAAAUGAUUUGUAUGUGUAGCACUCAAAAAUGGUGUUCGAAUUAAAUCGAGAGCUCAGUUUUUUUUAUUUAGUAAAAAUUACUGUGUUUAAGGCAUAAUUAACUAUAGUAUCGCGUCAUGUUAU